AAAAUUGCCCUACCAAAAGGUUUUUUGAGCGGAAGACGAACCGCAGAAAAUGCCUCCAUUUUGUUUAUUUUCUUAUAUGAAAAGUGAAGUGUCGGCACCGCAAAUUAUCGAAAAAUAAGGCAGAUUAGUAGUCAUUUAAAGUAGAACGUCUCUAAGAGGAUACAAUUGACAAACGUAUAUAUGUUUCUCGUGGGUUUCCCUCGUGCAGGGGGUGUAAAAAAUAGCAGACAUUGGGCGCAUCGCGAGUAAGCAUUUUGUCAAAUUGACUACCACCGUCUCCGGCACCAAAAACAACAGUUCGUACAACGGGAACAACGCGAGUUACCGCGUAGUUUCGGCCGACAAGCAGGCCUCUCUCAAUUCGAGAAAAUCCAAGAACGUUUUCGGUAAGGACAAGACUGCGCCCCUGAUUCAGCCACCCCCGAUAAUGAACCACGUGACGGGGCAGUACCGAAGGAACGAGGACAAUCCUCCGAAUAAUCAGAACGAGGUGGAGGAGAUGGACACUCAAGAAGUGAAUAAUAUGGACUAUAUAACAGACACCGGAGGUGGAGAAAUGGAUCAGACUCAGAAUGGAGAAGUGAUUAUCGGUCCACAACCCGAUCCGAACGGUAUGGCUGUCCAAGAUACUGACAUGGAAGAAGAUGAAGCUCGUAGCGAGGCCACUUUUAGGUUCACUGUUACCAACUUUAGCAAGCUUAAAGAUUCCGUUCUGUCACCCCCCUGCUACGUCCGCAAUCUGCCAUGGAAGAUAAUGGUGAUGCCUCGCAGCAGCCACAGCCAGGACCGCACCUCCCAGCGCUCCCUGGGCUUCUUCCUGCAGUGCAACGGCGAGAGCGAGUCCAGCUCGUGGUCCUGCUACGCCAACGCCGAGCUCAGGCUCAUCUCGGUGAGGCCGGACGUCGAGACAUUCUCCAGGAAGAUCCAGCAUCUGUUCUACUCCAAGGAAAAUGAUUGGGGAUUUUCUCAUUUUAUGGUUUGGAAUGACGUCUUGGAUCCCGAGAAGGGCUUCAUAAAAGACGACGCCAUUACUUUGGAAGUACACGUCUUAGCUGAUGCUCCACAUGGCGUUUCUUGGGACAGCAAGAAACAUACAGGUUAUGUAGGACUAAAGAACCAGGGUGCGACAUGUUACAUGAACUCCUUGCUCCAAACCUUGUACUUUACCAACCAACUCAGGAAGGCGGUGUACAAGAUGCCUACCGAAUCCGACGAUUCUACCAAAUCGGUUGCUCUGGCUUUACAGAGAGUGUUCCACGAACUGCAGUUCUCUGACAAGCCUGUAGGAACGAAAAAACUAACGAAAAGUUUCGGCUGGGAAACUUUGGAUUCAUUUAUGCAACACGAUGUUCAAGAGUUUUUAAGAGUUUUAUUAGAUAAGUUAGAAAGUAAAAUGAAAGGCACUUGCGUAGAGGGCACCGUUCCCAAACUAUUCGAAGGCAAAAUGCUGUCCUAUAUCAGAUGUAAAAAUGUGGAUUAUUCGAGCACCCGAUCGGAAACUUUUUACGAUAUCCAGCUCAACAUAAAAGGGAAAAAGAACAUUUAUGAAUCGUUUAAGGAUUACAUAGCGAAGGAGACCUUAGAUGGAGACAACAAGUACGACGCGGGAGAGCACGGUCUGCAGGAAGCGGAAAAGGGGGUGAUUUUUUCCUCGUUUCCGCCGGUGUUGCAUCUCCAUUUGAUGCGUUUCCAGUACGAUCCUGUAACCGAUUCGUCAGUGAAAUUCAAUGAUAAAUUUGAAUUUUAUGAAAAAAUUCAGUUGGAUGAAUUUUUACAAGAAAAAGAUCAAAAUGAUCCUGCCAAUUACACGUUACAUGCAGUUUUAGUGCAUAGCGGUGAUAAUCAUGGAGGUCAUUAUGUAGUAUUUAUUAAUCCUAGAGGUGAUGGGAAAUGGUGUAAAUUCGAUGACGAUGUGGUGUCGCGAUGCACCAAAGGCGAAGCGAUCGAACACAAUUACGGCGGGCACGAUGAAGAUCUGAACAUGAUGAAUGUGAAGCAUUGCACCAACGCUUACAUGUUGGUAUAUAUUAGAGAUUCCGAACUUCCAAACGUAUUACAAGAGGUUACCGAUGCUGACAUACCCAGUGAAUUAGCAGACAGGUUGGCAGAAGAGAAGCGGAUGGAACAGGUUAGGAGGAAGGAAAGGAAUGAAGCGCAUUUAUAUAUGACAAUACAGGUUCUGUUGGAGGACCAGUUCGACGGACACCAGGGCAACGACCUGUACGACCCGGAGCACGCGCAGUUCCGCGUGUUCAAGAUCCGGAAGCAGGCUCCGGUGGCGGAAAUGAUGGAAAUGCUGGCGGACGCGUUCAAGUAUCCCCCGGAGCAAAUCAGGCCGUGGCCCUUCUCUCAGAGGUUGUCGAAUCAGACAAUGAGACCUGGCGUGCUAGACCUGGAAGACUUACACAAGACAGUCCUCGACGCAGCUGAAAACGUUAAUCCAUGGAACAUAUUUUUAGAACUUCUACCUCCAGAUUCCGGACAAUCUAGUCUUCCAGCAUUUGACAAGGAGACAGAUGUAAUGCUUUUCUUCAAAAUGUACGAUCCCAAACAGAAGAAAAUCCACUAUUGCGGUCACUCUUACGUACCUGUUACUAGUAAACUAAGUGAUAUUAUCCCAUUGCUCAAUGAGAGAGCCGGGUUUGCGCCCGACACAGAGUUGCUACUUUACGAAGAAAUUAGACCAAAUAUGAUCGAAAAGAUUACAAACUUCAGGGAACCUAUAGAAAAGAUAUUAGAAGAAUUAAUGGACGGCGAUAUAAUUAUAUUUGAAAAAGACGAAGGAGAUGUAAAUUCAGAUUUGCCCACGUGUAUGGAUUAUUACAAAGAUCUGUUUUAUAGAGUAGAAGUUACUUUUGUCGACAAAACAAUACCCAAUGAUCAAGGAUUUACUAUGGAGUUGUCACAAAGAAUGACGUAUGAUCAGUUUGCCAGGGCUGUUGCACAGAGGGUAGGCACUGAUCCUUAUUUGUUGCAAUUUUUCAAAUCUCAAAGUUAUAAAGAUAGUCCUGGACAUCCACUAAGGUGUACAUUCGAAGGCACCCUGAAGGAUUUGCUGAUCUAUAGUAAACCAAAGGUACCGAAAAAGAUUUUCUAUCAGCAGCUCAGCAUUAGGGUUAACGAAUUAGAGAACAAGAAACAAUUUAAGUGCGUGUACGUCCACCCCAAUAUGAAGGACGAAAAGGAUCUAAUACUUUACCCGAAUAAAAACGGAACGGUUGCAGAUUUGUUAGACGAGGCCAAGAAACAGAUCGAGUUCAGUGAAGGUAGUACUGGAAAAUUAAGAUUAACAGAAGUAAAUUGUAAUAAAAUAUCUAUGGGCCCGAAAGAAGACACGUUACUGGAAUCUUUAGGCAUCGUAAACACGAAAGUAUACCGGAUCGAGGAAGUUCCACGAGAUGAGCUGAUCUUAGCAGACGACGAAAUGCUUAUAUCGUGCGCCCAUUUCCACAAAGAAGCAUUUUCCACUUUCGGUGUUCCUUUCCUUAUUAAAAUUAAGCAAGGCGAACCUUUCAGUAAAGUUAAAGAGAGGAUACAGAAGAAAUUGGCUGUGCCGGAGAAGGAGUGGGAGAAGUUCAAAUUUGCAAUAGUAACGAUGGGCCGAGCUCAGGUCAUUACAGAAGACGAAUACGUAGUUAAUUUAAACGAUUUCAGGCAACCUCCUACACAAAUGACGACGAGCGGUAGACCUUGGCUAGGCCUGGAUCACGUGAACAAAGCCCCCAAAAGGACCAGGUUCAACUACCUAGAGAAGGCUAUCAAGAUAUACAACUGAUAUUAGACUGACAACAAAAUAAGGGAACCUUUCAUUUACUUACCGCAGUGACAUUAAAAUGAAGGAAUCGUGGCUUUAACCGAUGUUGCCAACCCAAAAAAUAUAUAUACCCUAACAGAAGUUUAAAUCAAUUUGUUAAAUAGAUGGCCAAAUCAGUCUUUGUUAAUAUAUCUUCUUUGGAAUAGUAAGAAUCAUGAUAAGUGUGUAAUAAAAAAAACGAUUUUUAUUUAUUGCAUCUUGAAAAUGUCCGCGCAUAUUUUUAAAUUUAAUAUAAGAUUAUAGGAAAAGUAUGUUUUGUUUUUCUUUCGAUUGUUUGUUGAGUAAAAAAUGCUUGAAUUAAUAUUACUAGGCCGAAUUUACGUUAUUGUUAACUUUUUAUUUAGUUUUUUUGUAUACAGGGUGGUUCAGUGUUGUAGGAAAGCUCCAAUUAGGUUUCUUAUUUCUUUCGUCUGUUAAGCACCAUACGGAAAUAAUUGGCAACUGUGCACAUUUUAUUAUGAAUAAGUAUACUAAAAAUAAAGUGAUACAAUCUCAAGGUUGUGGGUUCGAAUCCCACAACCGGCAUUUCAUCAGCCGAAUAUUGAGACACUUUGUAUAUAAUAGGACUCCACAGAACAACUUGAAAUCAGUAAUAUAAUAAUAAAAGAGAUACUGAUAAUAAUCUGGUAAUGUACCGUGGAAUAAAAUAAAAACGGUGUCACAAUAGGCAUAGAAAGAGUUUGGGUACCUAGGUCGACUCGGCCUUAAAUGAGUACUUGGGAUUCACAAUCCUGAGGUAAUAAUGCGCGGUUGAAGCGUAGAGUGCUAGCCACAUUACCUUCAUUGUAUACCGAACAGCUCUAGCAUGGCAAGCUGUACCUUGCUACUUUCAAGGCGUUAAACGUUAUAUACGGAAGCUAUUAUAUAUAUAA